CUUCAAAAGAAAACAUUUAGGAGAAGUAAAAAAUUAAAGAAAUACUAUUAAAGCAUUAUUUAAAAAACGUAAAUGUUAUAAUGGCAUCUUCUUCAAAAAAAAAUAAAGUAGAUCGUCGACAUCGAAAGGAGUGGGAAAAUGAAAUUUGGGCCAAAGGUUGGCUAAAAUCUAUUGCAGAUGCCCCUUUGUCGUACCAAUCAACAUCUAACGACCAAUAUACAUCGUGGUGUUUUGGAUGCAAAAUAGUUCUAAGAUCCCAUAAGAUCGAUCUAAAAAAGCAUUCAGAAAGUAAUAAACACAUUUCUAAUAUGGCGGUGCUGUUUAAGCAAAACAAAAUUGAAAAUUUUAUAAUACAGCCGCAAUCAAAUGAGUCUAAAAUUAUUGACAUUAAACUAGCCGUUUUUAUUGCAAAACAUAGCUCAAUUGUUUCUGUUGACCACCUUACAACCUUGCUACGAAACUGCUCAACAAAAGAAAGUGCAUUUGAAAAAUUAAGGCUGCACAAAACUAAGUGUACUGCUAUUAUCAAAAAUGUCGUUUCUCCGUCAAUUUUAGAGGAUUUGGUGAAAGAUAUUGGUGAUAAUUUUUACAGUUUGGUGGUAGAUGAAUCUACCGAUAUAUCCCAAACUAAAUGGAUGAGCAUUUGUGUAGAAGAAGCUACUGCAACACAUCUUUUUGAAGGUAUGAAACUGUUUUUAAACAAAGUGGGUUUAAAUAUAAAAAACUUAAUAACUCUUGGAACUGACGGGGCCAGUAAUCUAUUUGGUAAAAAUAAAUCGUUAUUUAUCCUUUUAAAACAAGAAAAUCCACAAUUAUUACUUUUAAAAUGUACCUGCCACUCCCUCCAUUUAUGCUGCUCCAAAGCCUCAAGUGAAAUUCCCAAAAAUGCAGACUUUUUACUUAAAGAAAUUUACAACUAUUUUAGCCACAGCCCACUUCGUACUUUACUAUACAAAAGAGCUUUUGAUUUGGUUAACAUUGGAGUUGAUUCAAAUAAUUUUAGAAAACUUGUACAAAUAUCGGGGACUCGUUGGCUGUCUUAUGGGGCCGCCAUCAGAAGAGUUUUGGAGCAGUGGGUGGAGUUAAAAUACCACUUUUCUUUAAUCUCAACUGCUGAAAAUGACAAGACUGCUCAACAUAUUUAUAAAGAAUUAUCUGACGAAAAAAUAGACUUUUUUUGAUAUUUAUUAACCCAAUAGUUAAUAAAAUGAAUCAUUUAAAUUUAGAAUUUCAAUCUGAUCAUAUGGAUGCAGGUAGCAUGUAUGAUGAAAUAGUUUCAACAAUAUUAAUUUUUUCUUCUAAAAUGUUUAAGCCGUCAAUUUUAAAAAAUAAUGGAAAUUUGGAUAACUUAAUAUGUUCAUUAAAUUUGGCUAUUGAUUCGCCUGAUUCUUUUCUGCCAUUGGAAUCUAUGGA